UAAAUUCAGCCUCCUCCUCAGGCUUGAAGAGACUUGCGGGAGUGGUGACUCUCAUCUGCUCGAAGAUGAACCCACUGUGGACCCUCCUCUUUGUGCUGUCAGCCCCCAGAGGGGUCCUGUCCCAGGUGCAGCUGAAGGAGUCGGGCCCCAGCCUGGUGAAGCCCUCACAGACCCUCUCCCUCACCUGCACGGCCUCUGGAUUCUCAUUAAGCGACAGUAGUGUAGGCUGGGUCCGCCAGGCUCCAGGGAAGGCACUGGAGUGGCUCGGUGAUAUAAGCAGUGGUGGAAGCACAGGCUAUAACCCAGCCCUGAAAUCCCGGCUCAGCAUCACCAAGGACAACUCCAAGAGCCAAGUCUCUCUGUCACUGAGCAGCGUGACACCUGAGGACACGGCCACAUACUACUGUGCGAAGGACACAGUGAGGGGAAGUCAGUGUGAGCCCAGACAAAAACCUCCCUGCAUAGGGGCCCGUGACCACCAGGGGGCGCGCAGGACUCAGUACAGAGCUGAGCCCUGGAGCAGGGAACUCAGUAAAACACUUGCUGCUGCUACUGCUAAGUCGCUUCAGUUGUGGUGUGCACUCCCAGGUGCAGCUGGUGCAGUGGGGGCUGAGCUGAGGAAGCCUGGGGCCUCAGUGAAGGUGUCCUGCAAGGCUUCUGGAUACACCUUUACUGACUACAUACACUGGGGGCGACAGGCCCCUCAGCAAGGUCUUGAACGGAUGGACAGAUUGACAGCAAAGAUGGUGGAGCAAAGGACCACGGCCUGCAGUGCCCUGUCCCCAGGGGCAGUGCUUGUGGUCACCGAGAAAGUUGGAGCCAUGUGGGAGACACUGGUGGAUGUGAGACCCACGUCCUAG